GGAUCAGAGAAGCGAACCGAUGCCAGAGUGAGAGGCAAAGAGAUUGCGACUCCAGUUAUGUAUGCGAUGCCAGUCUAUGCUAACGGAUGUUACGCUAACCAAUUGGUGAAUGGGAGUUACUGUGCGUUUGGUGCCAAUGAUUACUGCUUUUGGGUCAACCAGAAUGACAACCAGUCGUCCUAUUGGGCUACAGAAGCGGAUGAAACGAGUAAAGAAUGGCACACCUGA